AUGUAGAUAUUCUAAUAACAAGAGAUGAUUCUGAUGGCAAAAAAAUCGACGGGAUAUUAUCACAAUUGUUGAAAAUUCUACACGAAAAAUCCUUUUUAAAAUACGAUUUGGGACGCAACGACAAAGAAAGUUCUGGUCAAAAAUAUUUAGGAAUUUGUCAAAUGCCGCCAAAUGGAAAAUGCCGUCGUUUUGAUAUUUUCAUUGUCCCUUUUAACGAAUACGGCGCUGCUUUAUUAACGUUUACUGGAAACGAUAUUUUUAAUCGUAGUAUGCGACUAUUGGCUCGUAAAAAGGGAAUGCGUUUAAACCAACAUGGUUUAUACACCAAUGUUAUUCGUGAUGCGAAAGGUGUAAAGUACAAUGAGGGCACCCUUGUUGCUCAAAGAACUGAACAAGAAAUAUUUGACGCGUUGGGUGUUCCAUACCGUCCUCCAAAUGAAAGGAUAUGUUAA